AUGAUAAACGAAAUUGAUAAGCCUAAUGAUAAGUUUUCAUGCUCAAUAGUUUGAACUCCUUUACCACUUAUAAGUGCGCUAUUUCCGUUUAUAGGCCACGCAGGGAUUUGUGCAUCAGAUGGAACUAUUCAUAAUUAUGCUGGAUCGUUUUAUGUUCAGGUAGGCAAAAUGAUAUUUGGUGCACCUACAAAAUAUGUAAAGCUAAAAGUUGAAAAUUUAAUAGAGUGAGAUUCUCAUAUUAAUCUAGGGGACGAAAAAUACAAAGGAGAAAAAUACAAUUUUUUGGCGAAUAACUGCCAUGACUAUGUUGCUUUUAUAUUGAACUCGAAUAAUUUUCAAGGUAUUCACUGGAACUCUACAAAGCUCUGUUGCCUUUUUAUUUCAAAAGGCAGAUAUGUUAGCUGUAUAAGUUUUGUAAAAACUUAUGCCCAGUUCGCGGUUGUAAUCAUUUUGAUCUUUCUUAUAAUUUUUUUCUCUGCAGGAGGAUAUAUCAAAUAA